AUGGCCAACGAUACCAUAAACAACAUCAAUAUUCAAAUGGAUCAGCAGCAGCAGCAGCAGCAACAACAGCAACAACCUACUGUGCGUCGCACCUCUUUUAGUCAACCAAAACCCAAAGUACUUCGUCCUUUCAAUACAUCCGAAGUCAAAAUCCUUUUAUUGGAAAAUGUCAACGAGACUGCCGUCAAAGCAUUCAAGAAGCAGGGUUAUCAGGUUGAAACAUACAGCAAAGCGCUUGUCGGCGAUGAGUUGAUUGAGAAGAUCAAGGAUGUCCAUGUCAUUGGCAUUCGUUCCAAGACCAAGUUGACGAAGCAAGUGCUUGAUGCUGCCCACAAUUUACUGGUGAUUGGAUGUUUCUGUAUCGGGACCAACCAAGUGGAUUUGCAUGCAGCUGCAACCAAGGGUAUUGCUGUAUUCAAUUCCCCUUUCAGCAACUCGAGAUCUGUAGCUGAGUUGGUGAUUGGUGAAAUCAUCACCUUGGCGCGUCAAUUGGGUGAUCGUAACCGUGAAAUGCAUCAAGGUGUAUGGAACAAGGUAUCCAAGGGAUGUUAUGAAAUCCGUGGCAAGGUGCUCGGUAUCGUUGGUUACGGCCAUAUUGGAUCACAAUUAUCAGUGCUUGCAGAAGCCAUGGGAAUGACGGUGUACUUUUAUGAUGUAUUGCAAAUCAUGCCAUUGGGAACUGCCAAACAAGUCGAUACGCUUGAGGAAUUACUUUCGGUUGCUGAUUUUGUGUCGCUCCACGUACCAGAACUUGAAGAGACCAAAAACAUGAUGGGAGAGCGUGAAAUUAUGGGAUACAUGAAGAAAGGAAGUUACCUACUCAACAAUGCUCGUGGUACUGUCGUCCAUUUGCCUUCCUUGGCUAAAGCCUUGCAAUCUGGUCAUCUUGCUGGAGCUGCUGUAGACGUGUAUCCCAAGGAACCAGCAGCUAAUGGUCCUCACUUUAAAGACUACCCCGACUUGCUCGAAUCUCCCAAUCUUAUCUUGACACCCCAUAUUGGUGGAUCCACCGAGGAAGCUCAGCGUAUGAUUGGUAUUGAAGUGUCCACAGCACUCAUUCGAUUUAUCAACGAGGGCGGAUCAUUGGGUGCUGUCAAUUUCCCAGAGAUCGAUUUGCGUGCUAUUCGAGAAGAAGAAAAGGUCGUGCGAGUGUUGUAUAUUCACAAGAAUGUUCCUGGUGUCCUCAGAGAAAUCAACGAGAUCUUUGCAGACCACAAUGUCGAAAAGCAGUAUUCAGACUCCAAAGGCGAUGUUGCCUAUGUCAUGGCCGAUAUUGCCGAUGUCUCUCAAGAAGAUCUACACAAGCUCUAUGACGCUAUCAAUUCAACUACGGCCAAUAUCAGAACGCGUGUCCUUUACUAA